AUGUCAUUUUCAAAUUCGAACAUUAGUGAUUACGAAGAAUCAAUGACUGAAAGCGAUAAUAUUUCAUAUCUGGAUAGAAUUGCUCCUUUAAUUAAAGAUGUGAAAGUAGAUAAUGAACUUAUUAAUUCGAUGAUGGUGAAACAAAGUGAUGAAAUAGUAAACAUAAAAUUGCCAUCUGAUAACGAAGGCUCGCGAAACGAUUUAUCCAACAUCAUACAAACAAUAUUUACACGGUUCAUGUCUAAUCCAAACAAGAAAAUAGGAUGUGUUAAAAAAUCAAAAUCAUAA